GAGAAGAGGAUGAAAGUAGAAAAUGUUACGAGUUCACGGAAUGCACUCAGAUCAGUUUUCUCCUGUAGAAACUCAAGAUACGGAGCAAACCAAGAAACUUCAGAGGAAUGUCUCUGAGUUGGUUCGCCGGAUUGAUAGUUUGCAUCAGAGUGCAGUUAAGGUUCGAGAUGUGCUUUCCGAGGAGGGUUUAGACCUCAGGGUUCGGCUCCGGGAGUAUUGUUUCAAGCUUCUUCACACUGAUCCAGAACGGUUUGGGUUAAAGUACAUUGAGAUCUUGUGGAGAAAGGCGUGGCACGAACCUGUAUCCCUGGCCAGACAAUUUGGAGGCGGAGCAGUCCUACUUGACUCCCACCUUCUCGCCGGUAUAGGACAGUUCCACAACCUUCUCCAGGGGUUGUCAGAACAGUACGGGAGCAUGACCGGGUUCAAGGUAGAGUUCAUGUUGCACCAGGAAUACGGCUAUUCGGCAGGGAAGCAGAAGAAGCGCACUGCGGAGCAGUGGAUGGUGGAAAUCGGUGCUCGAUGUCUUUUAUGGCUUGGAGAUUUAUCCAGAUACAGGAUCGAUAUCCUAUCGGACAAGGAGAAAUUGCGCGCGGAAGUACUGGCGCGCAAAUAUUAUUCUCAAUCCACUAAACUCAAACCGAGUUUAGGGCUGGCAUACAACCAGCUGGCUGCUGUACCCGGAGCUGAGAACAAAGGGAUAGAUCAACUCUUUUUCUAUCUUAAGUGUGUGACAAGCAAGGAGAAGUUUGAAGGCGGAGAGACGAACCUGAAACGAAUGCUAGAAAAGACGGAGAUGGAGGCGAAUAAUCUGGCGGCGAAGAGCGUACACGAGGUUUCCUCCGUAUACCUGGCACAGCUUGUCUCGGCUGUGCUGGGGGAAAAGAACGAGGACGAUAUCAUCCUCUCUUGUCAACAGAGUCUGUCCUCUAUUCAUCAGGCGACCAGCGCAGGUUCAGUUCCUGCCACCUGGCUCCUCCGAACCACAGCAUGUGUUAUUCUUCUCAUUGUUAAACUUGGUGGGAACAAUACUGCUAGCGUGAGGGUGGGAUUAUGUCAGGCCUGGUUACUUGCUCUGACCUCGCACCUGGCAGGAUUAAUCAUCUCCGGCCUCGGGAAAGGUCUUUGGGGAGAUGGUUGGACCGAGUCCUCCAUUAGUUUAGAGGACAGCUCGGAGGCAGAAGAUACGCCUCCUCCGGCGGAGAAAAAGAAGCGGAAGAAACUGACGGAUUUGUUGAGACGGAAACGAGUUUCUCACUCCGGAAGUAGUGAUGAAAGUGAUAUCUCAGAUGACGAAGAGGUUGAAGAUGAAAGUGAAUCGGACGAGUUUGUAUCAGAAUCUGACGAGGACGAAAUAUAUUUCUCUGAUAGCGACGAGGAUUCGGAUGACAGUGAUGUGGUGGUUGAGAGUAUAGAAUCCGAGCUACCUGAUACCUGUAAGGUGGUUGAGGUAUGUAAAGAACUAGGAUAUCUACCUGCCCUCACACUCUGCUGUAUGUGGUUAAAGGUGCAGCCUGAUGUACUCUCUGGUAUGGGUGAUGGAGGUACACAGCUAUGGAACAAGCUGGCCAGGGUCUUCACCCUCCUAAACCUCAACUCCAACAAGUACACAAAGAACCUUAAGAUUUCUAGACUCAUGACCAGAAAUGCCGGAUGUGCGCUUGAAGAAGACUUCUAUCUUAGAGAAAUCGAAAUUUUUGGAGAUCAAUUGAAAAGUACAGAUUGGAACACGGAGCCAGCUAAAUCAGGGUUUGGAGAAACUGUUGCUAGAAUGGUCAGAAUGGAAGGAUGGAGAGAUUGGUUGGUUGGGAGAGAGGAAUGUUUGAUUAGAUGGAGAGAAGGAGAAGGAAGAGCAGUUCUAGUUAAAUCCUCUUUACCUGAGAAGAAGUGUGUGAUGAAGCACAUGGCAGAGCUAUGGCUUAAGGAGGAGGUUUCCAACUUGGAGAAGAACAAUCCCGAGGUCUGUACCAUCAUUAUUGACGCGCAUGCGCUCACUACCGACCUCAACAUGGUGAAGAGAGUUGCGGGAUAUAAGAAGUUCACCGUUAUUGUACCUCAGAUUGUCAUCAAGGAGUUGGACUUCAUCAAAAAGCAAGUCAGGGAGGCACGACUUGCAAUCCGUUGGUUAGAACGGGAGAUGAGUAGAGGACACGCCGGCCUCCAACCUCAAGAGAAGGACGAGAAAGCAAAGAUUUCUCUUCCUGCUCCGGGGCGCAAAGACGCAGGCUGGGCGCGCUACAGUGUGCUCGAGUGCGUAGCGUUCUUCGCCGCGUCACAGGAAGUUGUUUUACUUAGCGGAGACCCAGAGAUAUUGGAACAUAGGGAUACACAAACUCUCCAGGUUCUCUCUGAUCUCGGAGUAAGGGUGGAGAAUGUGGAGGACUUUAUGCAGAGGUUUCUAGGACUCAGGGAUGUUGUUAGGGAAAGAAAAAGGUCCGGAGAGGGUAUCCGACAUAGAUCUGGAGAUGGUUCAAAACAGGGUAGAGCUUGGAGAAGGCAUGGUAGGGAUAGGAGAGGAGACAGGAAGGAUGUUACAGGCUGAACCCUCGGAUCAAAAAACUGAACCAUGGGUUAAAUCUAAUCCGAGUAAGGCGAGCUAUUUGGGUCAGCCUAGCGCUCUACUCAGAACAGCUUGGGAGUAUUAACUCUCGAUCCUUUUGAAUCUGACUGAAGACAUGGAAGGAUUAACUCGCCUCUCAAAACAACGGUGUUCCACCGUGAAUCACGGUUAUCUAGUUCAUGAUAUCCUGUUCCAUGAUAGUGGUGUUCCACCAUCAAGCAUGAGUAUCCAGUUCAUAAUAACGAUGUUCUACCAUCAAUCACAGAUAUCCAGUUCACAAAAACGAUGUUCUACCGUCAAGCUAGAUAUCCAGUUCAUAAUAACGGUGUUCUACCAUCAAGCAUGGAUAUCUAGUUCAUAAUAACGGUGUUCUACCAUCAAGCAUGGAUAUCCAAUUCAAAAGAACUGUGUUCAACCAUCAAGCAUGGAUAUCCAGUUCAUAAUAGGAGUUUCUACCAUAAAGCGUAGAUAUCCAGUUCAUAUUAACUGUGUUCUACCAUCAAGCAUGGAUAUCCAGUUCAUAAUAACGGUGUUCCAUCAUCAAGCAUGGAUAUCCAGUUCAUAAUAGGAGUUUCUACCAUAAAGCAUAGAUAUCCAGUUCAUAAUAACUGUGUUCUACCAUCAAGCAUGGAUAUCCAGUUCAUAAUAACGGUGUUCCAUCAUCCAGCAUGGAUAUCUAGUUCAUAAUAACGGUGUUCCAUCAUCAAGCAUGGAUAUCCAGUUCAUAAUAACGGUGUUCCAUCAUCAAGCAUGGAUAACUAGUUCACAAUAGCUGUGCCCUACCAUCAAGCAUGGAUAUCCAGUUUUUAAUAACUGUGUUCUACCAUCAAGCAUGGAUAUCAAGUUUACAAUAACUGUGACCUAUCACCAAGCAUGGAUAUCCAGUUUACAAUAACUGUGACCUACCACCAAGCAUGUAAAUG